GCGUCAGUUUAGAAAAGCUGAACUAGACGGGCGGUUUUUGAUCCAAAGCUCAGUUUGGCGGAGGUAAACUUCACGUUUUACAUAAAAUAUGGAGUUGAUUUUAGCCUGUCUCUUGCUAGUCUUGGAAUUAAGCUCAGCUUAUCGUAGCCCUCUGAAUGACUUCCAGCGCUCCGAGGGCAGGGAGCUGGUGCCCACAGCCUGGAACUCUGCUCGGGUGAUCACCUACAGAGGGGUGAAUUUAGAGGACUGUGCCUCCCGCUGCUCUCUGUCCCUGGACUGCAGGGCUUUUAACUAUGAGACCCGUCCGACAGUGAGCUGCAAACACCUGCCGUGGGUCGGAGAUGGAAGCAAUGCGGAGGUCAAGAGGAAUGUGAAUUGUGACCUCUACGAGAAGAAAGUUUAUGUGCGGAAGUGCAUCGUGGGUCAAGGAGAGGACUACCGAGGGAAGGUCUUCACCACAAAGAGCGGUCUGACCUGCCAACAGUGGUGGUCCAAGUUCCCUCAUGAUCACAGGUGGACCCCGUCUCCCACUAAUGGUUUGGAGCUGAACUACUGCAGGAACCCAGACGGGGACCGCAUCGGGCCCUGGUGCUACACCACAGACCCAGAGCGACGCUACGAGAGCUGCAACAUCCCACAGUGCAAAGACGAGGUGUGCAUCACCUGUAAUGGGGAGGACUACAGAGGACAGGUGGACCACACUGUGAGCGGCAGAGAGUGUCAGAGAUGGGACCAGCAGUAUCCACAUCAGCACAUCUACCAACCUGAAAAGUAUCCAGAUAAAAGCCUGGAUGAUAACUACUGCCGUAACCCGGACGCGUCGCCUGUGCCCUGGUGCUACACCACAGACCCGGAGGUGGAGAGGGAGAACUGUGAGAUCAGGAAAUGCACUGAGGUGCGAGUGGAGAAACGUCAGCGUUCAAGCUUCACUACAAACUGUUUCCGUGGUCGAGGUGAGGACUACCGCGGCAAAGUGAACGAGACCACCUCCGGUAUCGCCUGCCAGAGAUGGGACGCCCAGUAUCCCCAUGAGCACCCUUUCUACCCCAACACCUAUGAGUGCAAGGGUUUGGAGGAGAACUACUGCAGGAACCCAGAUGGCUCCGAGGCCCCCUGGUGUUUCACAUCGGUACCUGAGAUGAGGACGGCCCUGUGUUUGCAGAUAAAACGAUGCGCAGACGACAUCGAGGCUGAGGAUUGUUAUCACGAAAAUGGAAAGAACUACAGAGGAACAGUUCGGAAAACACGGAAAGGCAUCACCUGCCAGAAGUGGAACAUCAACACACCUCACCGGACCAAGAUUAACCCUAGGACCCACCCUGAGGCCAACCUGACGGAGAACUACUGUCGAAACCCGGAUGGGGACCAGCACGGACCUUGGUGCUACACGACGGACCCGAAAACCGAGUUUGACUACUGCGCCAUUAAACAGUGUGCCGGCGAGAAGGUGUCACUGACUGAGCCAGUGGAGAACGUAGAGUUUAGUGAGUGUGGAAAGAGGGACGACCGCAUACCCCGGUCCAGGCUGCGUGUCGUGGGAGGGGUCCCUGGGAACUCUCCGUGGACCGUGAGCCUGAGAGACAGGAAAGGAAACCAUUUCUGUGGAGGGUCCCUGGUUAACCCCAGAUGGGUGAUCAGCACCAAACAGUGCUUCUCCUCUUGCUAUGUGGAUCUGCCUGGUUACUCUGCUAUGAUGGGGACUUUAUUUCGGGACCCUGCUGAAGGCGAGCCCGGGGUCCAGACUAUUCCUCUCACCAAAAUCGUGUGCGGACCCUCGGAGUCGCAGCUCGUCAUGCUACAACUCGAAUACCCGGCGCAGUUUAAUGAGCGUAUCUCUCAGAUCUGCCUCCCCCCAGAGAGGUACAUUGUGGCAGAGGGGACGAGAUGUGAGAUAGCGGGAUGGGGUGAGACAAAAGGCACCGGGGAUGAGACGGUCCUGAACGUGGCUCACAUUCCAGUUCUGAGCAACAAGGAAUGCAACAAAUACUUCAGAGGGCGUGUCCGCGAGAACGAGAUGUGCACUAGCUCUUUCCAGGGAGGGGUGGGCGCCUGCGAGAGGGACUACGGAGGACCUUUGGCCUGUGAGAAUCUGGAAUGCUGGGUUUUGGAGGGCGUGAUUAUCCCCAUGAGGCGCUGUGGUCACCCAGGGCAACCCAACAUCUUCAUCCGAGUGUCCGUCUACGUGGACUGGAUCAAGAAGGUCAUGGAGAUGGCUUAAAAAGACUGAAAACUAAAAGGACUGGGGAGGUGUUUUCAAAGCAGUAUGGGAUGUCCUCAAUAUGGAAAACUGUCAGGAAUUACAGUAUAUAGUAGAUACGGGGUGACCGCCUCAAGUAGAGAGAAAAAGAGGGAAUUUUUUGAAUGUGGUGAGACAUGAAGGGACAGACUAUUUAAUAACUACAGUAUGGUUUUCAGUUUUUAUCAGUCGUAAUGCACAAAGAGGAGAUGGAUUAGCCAAUAUUAAAAGCCUGAGUAUACUCUUGUCUUUUUUUCUAUGUAAAUCUCAAUUUCUAUACAGUUAAUAUGGCAUCAAUAAUAAGUGGGACAUUCUCUAAAGUUGAACAAGGGACAGGACAACCAAAAAAGGGACGGUCACCCUAUGUAGAUAUAACACUUAAAACAGUUACUUCCUACUUUCCUUUCAUAUACUCUCCUCAUUUUCAUCGCAACAUUUCAAAAUUCCUCAAAUUAAACUCACGAAUUGUCUCUAUAGUACUUCUUUUCUUCCCUUUUUUCUAUUUAUGUUUCCCUAUUCCUCGAAAGCAACACCACAGACGUAGCUUAAACCAGGGGCGGCUCCAGACUUUUUUUUCCGGAGGGGUUAAAGGAGGGGCUAUAGUUUUCCAUGAGGGUGCUCACGUAACACGAUGAACAGAGUGUUUUAACAGUGAAGCGUUAAUCAACUCCUCCCAUGUUUGGCAAAAAAUUCAAAACUAUUUUAAAUUUAGUUAAAACCCUGUAGUGAUUUACAAACCCAACAUGACAUUUUUAGAUUUUCUUUUGUUUUACCAGCACUUUGCGAUAUUGAAUGUCCUAAAAUGAGACGUUUAGGAAUGGGGGGCUACAGGGGACCAUUGGCCAUCUGAGGGGGUGCUGGCUCCGCCCCUGGCUUAGACUAGCUAAAACUAGUUUCUUGACAGGCUGACAUGACCAACUGUUGCAAAUAACAAAACCAUAACACCCACUUCUAUGAUAUCGCUGAUGUAGCUUGUUGAUAUGAUGGAAACAGGUUUGGCAUCUCAUGUUUUGUUUUAGUCUUUUUUCAGUAUUGCAUUUUAACCCUUUUAAGUCUUGUGCAAACUCCAUACUUCAGUAAAGAAGGGAUGCAAACAUUUGUAUUUGUCUUGUCCAUAUUAAAAUCAAAUAUAUUUUUGGUUGGCAUUUAUUUUCCUUAGAGGGAAUAGAUGUAGCUGAAGACUGUAACUGGAAAUUCCCCAAGUCACCAUGAAUUAACAAAGAUUUUAUUGUAUUUAUUCAGUAAAAAUGUGGCCUUGGUAUAACAAAAGUAGAGAUUACGUAUAAAGCUUUACUGUACUCCUUUUUUUUUUCACAUCCCUUAGUAAAACAUACUCUUUCCCUCCCUCCUCUCUGUCUCUCUGUCUUUCACUGCCACCCUUCCCUUUCUCUCUUACUCUUACUUUUUUUUUUUUUACAUUUCUUACCCCCCUCUUUCUGUCUCCUCUCUCUUCCCUCUCCUUUCACCCCUAUCUCUCCCUCUCUCAUACCUUUCUAACUCUCUCUCGUUCUCUUUAUUCCCCUCUCCCCUUACCCCUCCCCUCUUCCUCUCCCUUUCUUCCUCUUCCUCUCUUUUUCCCCUCCCGCCCUCGCCCACCCUCUCCCCUCCCAGCCACCCCUCCUUCUCUUUUCCCUCUCUCCCUCCUUCCCUCUCUCGUACACUCUGUGAAUGGAGCUCCCGAAAUACCUUCUUUGCCCCCAGCCUCUCGGACAGAAAUCCCUCCUCUGCUCUGUCUUUUGAUGCCUGUCCCCCACCUCCUCCAAAAGACAUGCCUUUGUGCCUUAUGCAGAACUGUAUGCGCUGCACAUUCCUUUUACUUCUAUAGGAGGAUUUUUGUAACUCGGUCCUGAUGAGCCAACGGAAUCCAGCUUAAACAAACCUCAACAUCAGAGAAUUGGACACACCAUUUUUACGCACACACAAAAUCUCUCCGCACCCCCCCUUCCCCCAAAUCUUAUCCAUUCAGACAUGGUUUCUUUUCCUCUGCACAGUACCUUUCUAUUGUCUCGUCAUGUACUGCAGUCAGAGGCGGGGAGACGCAGUUGUUGCAUUUACUCAAGUACAUUCGUUUGAAUCAUUUCCUUUUUCAAAUUUUAGUAAAGUAGUAGUUUUUAGAUGACGUACUUUUACUCCUACUUCAGUCAUAUAUAUUUACAGUGUGUCCCGCAGUACCUUUGAGUAAAAGUUUUGGUUACUCUUCCCACUGUGAGUAAUUCUACAAGGGACAAACCUUCAUGCUCGCAGUAUUAUAUCAUUUGUACAUUUGUGUUUUGUUUCAGGUAUAACAGGUAUUUUGUUCACUAUUUAAUGUCCUUUCCUUCCAAUUAAAUGAACUGCAUAAUUGUAAAUCUGACCUUUAUGUCCUGUUACUCUUACAAAUUACUACUACUUUUCAUUUUCCCAAAUACUUUUUACUCCAGCUUAUUUUCUUGGACCACUACUUUGUACUUCUACUUGGGUAAUAUUGUUUUGAAGUCAUUUAAGUUUAUAUCUUAAACAAAGAAAUAAAAGCAUAAAUGGUCAUCCAAGUGUUCCCAUCAAAACAAACUAAGUGGAAAAAGUUUGGACGUGCUUUGUUUUGUAAAAGAAAUUUCCUCUCUCAUUCAAAAUAAUCAUGUUUGUUUAUGCAAUGUCUUAUGAAAAUCUGAACGAUUUUGUGUAACUGUAUGCUUUGAAGUAAUAUCAUGUAAAUAAACAGAAGAGAAAAAAACAUGAGGCUUAUAAGAAAUGUGAUCCAGUUUAAAACCACAACAACUCACAUAAAACGUAAAAUAUAUAUAUUUCUCUUUUCCCGUAAGUCUUUUUUUUUGUAAACUGUUUUCUAGAAAUUGCAAUCUGACCAUCAUCAUCAGUGAUGCAGUAAUACUGUUGUGCUAUUAGUCAUUAUUACUUUGAUGACUAAUUUAUGAAAAACUGACUCUUCUCAUGUUGCAGACCACGAUGUUUAAUAAAUACAGAGGCU